CGAAUGAAAACGUCGCUAACAACGUUCCACCACACAAUUGUCGGAUUAUGUUAGGAAUCGGAAUCGAAAAUGUAUUCAAAAAUCAUAUCUUUUAUUUGAACGCGAGGGUAAUACAGCGAUUCAUUUAUUGAGCUUAAUAUCCGGAACCUAGUAAGUGUGGUAGGAUUUAUAUUCACUUGUCUGCUUUACUGGUAAAUCAGCCUCCAUAAACCAUGUCGGAUUCCAAGCCACCAUCAGACACAACACCUACUCCCAAUCUUCCUCGUGGUUUGAUUGGAAGAAGAGGAGGACCUGCUGGAAAAGGAGCAAGGUUGCCAUCAAUAAGAACGCCAAGAGAUCUCACCCUUGGUGGAAUCCCCAAGAAAACUUUUACGCCUAAUAUUCCAGCCAGGAGAGAAAAGAAAGAGGAGGUCCAACCUGAGACUAGUUCAGAGCGCAAACCGAGAGAUGGGCGUGGCAAUGAUAAGGGGAAGCGAGAAAGAGGUCGUGGGCGAGGGCGUGGGCGCGGGCGAGGCCAACCAGAAACAAUACAGUCACAUUCUAUAUUUGAAGAAGGUCCCACCCAGCGGUCACAGUCUCGCGUCUCAGGCAUGGACUUUGAAUACUCUGGAGGAAGCGGAGCUGGUAGAGGGGGUGGUGGUCGGGGAGGACGAGGCGGAGGAGGUGGAGGAGGAGGUCGUGCAGGAAAGGCAGCUGCCGGCAUGAGUGGCAUCAAGCGAGAGGGCGGUGAUGAUGUCUUGGAUACGCUACUUCGAGAUGAUUUUAUAGAAUUUGGUAGUACGGGUGAUGAUGGAGAGUUAAUGCCUAUCAAGCUUCCACUCUCCAAGUUGUGUGAUGGUGAGGUGAAGUUAGAGAAGGCAGUCAAAGAGGAGCCAGUCCUCAAAGAAGAACCUACCGACUCGGUUGAUUUGAUUGAAACAGAGCAUAAAAAGAUCGAUCCCACACCAAUGGUUCAGGCAAUGAAAGUGGAAUCAAUGUCUCCAGAAGAACUCUUCAUCAAUAAGCAGAAGUGUGAGAGAGGCGAGUUAUUGUUCGUCCAGCUGCCUGACUGUUUACCUGGAGUCCCAGCUUCUUACGGGAAGGAAGAGGAGACGGGAAAGAAACAAGAUAAAAAAGAUGAUGAUUCAGCAAAAGAAACAUUUUCAUUGUCCAAGUUCAGUGAGGGUUACGUUGGUAAAUUACUGAUUCAUAAAUCAGGCAAGACGAAACUGGUGCUUGGCAAUGUCUCUCUGGAUGUCAGUGUUGGGACACCCUGUAGUUUUCUUCAGGAUCUGGUGUCGGUCAAGAUUAACGAAGAAGCUACAGAGGGUGACAUGACUGUGCUAGGACACAUCCGACAUCGCGUCAUCUGCUUGCCAGACUUUGAAACGUUAUUACGCCUCUCAGCCGACCCUGCAAGAUGAGGGUGAGAUUAAAUCACAUCAGACAUUGCUUGGUAAAAGAUAUGUUGACUGUGUGAGAUCAAUCUUGUGUUGAACAUACAUGUACAUGUAUGAGUGAAUCACUUUAGUUGGUAGAGGGUGUACAUUUUUAUCUACUGAUCUGGUGUAAUCGUUGACUACUGUGGCAUCAGGACUAUGCAGUGCAGGUCCAUCGAAACAUGUAGGAUUUGCAGUAAAUGAGACUUCCCUUGGGUUGUUUCAUUAGGAGGUACAGUAGAUAUCAAAUUGUCCAAAAUGAAGUUACAUUGUUGAGUUUGAAGCAUCUGAAGGUUUCCUUUGUUAUACCCAUUGCCAAGAAUGAAUACGUCUUGAUGAUUUCUAUCUUAAACAAAACAGACAGAAAUAAAGCAACUAAAGAA